AAACUACGGUGACUUGUUCAUCGAUCUCUAAAUAUUUUGUUUCUUAAUUUUAAAUUAAAACAAAUACGAAAUUUUUCAGCUAAUGUUUGCAGAUGGAAACUAGGAACUCUUCUUUUUAAAGAAAUACGAAAAACAAUUUUUUUUCUAAUAAGCUAGCUGUGUAAUGUCAUAUACUGAACUCGAACAUGGCUAUCAAGGAUUGCGGCAAGCUACUCAACCACAAUUCUAUGUCGGCGAUGACGGCAAUCUCGUUCCGAUAAGAUCUCCCGGCGAGUUGGACCUGUGCGAGUCUUUAGAUUCGAAUGGCGAUGGCUGUGGCAAGAAAGUGGUGGUCGGCGUCUGCGCCAUGGCCAAGAAGUCGCAAUCGAAGCCCAUGAAGGAAAUAUUGACGCGGCUAGAUGAAUUCGAGUAUAUUAAAAUGCUUGUGUUCCCAGAGGAGGUUAUACUUAAGAAACCAGUUGAAGAAUGGCCUAUUUGCGACUGUCUUAUUUCAUUUCAUUCGAAAGGUUUUCCACUUGACAAAGCUAUUCAGUAUGAAAAGUUACGGAAACCCUAUGUAAUAAAUAAUCUUCAUAUGCAGUAUGAUAUUCAAGAUCGUCGCAGAGUAUAUGCUAUUUUAGAAAAUGAAGGAAUUGAAAUUCCUAGGUAUGCCGUCCUAGAUAGAGAUUCACCAGAUCCUAAACACCACGAGUUGGUGGAAUCCGAGGAUCACGUGGAAGUGAAUGGUGUCGUGUUUAAUAAGCCGUUCGUGGAAAAGCCAGUGUCGGCGGAAGACCACAAUAUUUACAUUUACUACCCGACAUCGGCUGGCGGCGGUAGCCAGCGACUGUUCAGAAAGAUUGGAAGUCGCAGUAGUAUUUAUUCGCCGGAAUCUCGUGUGAGAAAGACUGGAUCAUUUAUAUAUGAAGAUUUUAUGCCUACUGAUGGCACAGAUGUUAAAGUAUACACGGUAGGCCCGGAUUAUGCCCACGCCGAAGCGCGAAAGAGCCCCGCUCUGGAUGGCAAAGUUGAACGCGAUUCUGAGGGCAAAGAAAUCCGAUAUCCAGUUAUAUUGUCCAAUCAAGAGAAAUUAAUAUCUAGGAAAGUCUGUUUGGCCUUUAAGCAGACGGUCUGCGGGUUCGACCUAUUGAGAGCCAAUGGCAAAUCGUUUGUUUGCGACGUAAACGGAUUUUCUUUCGUGAAAAAUUCAAAUAAGUAUUACGAUGACUGCGCAAAAAUUCUUGGGAAUAUGAUAUUAAGAGAAUUGGCGCCAACAUUGCAUAUACCCUGGUCGGUGCCUUUUCAACUUGACGAUCCUCCAAUAGUUCCUACGACUUUUGGAAAAAUGAUGGAAUUACGAUGUGUGGUAGCUGUUAUAAGGCAUGGAGAUAGGACACCUAAGCAGAAGAUGAAGGUCGAAGUUAGACAUCCUAGAUUCUUUGAAAUAUUCGAAAAGUAUGAUGGCUUCAAACGCGGCCAUGUGAAGCUAAAAAAGCCGAAGCAGUUACAAGAGAUCCUUGAUAUUGCGCGUGCGUUGCUCGCUGAUAUUCACACACGUCACGCUGACCCGGAAAUAGAGGAGAAGCAGGGAAAAUUGGAACAGCUGAAGAGCGUGCUUGAAAUGUACGGUCAUUUCUCGGGGAUCAACCGCAAAGUCCAGAUGAAGUACCAGCCUAGAGGCAGGCCUCGAGGCUCCUCUUCGGACGACGGUAACGCCCCCGCACCCGCUACAUCCGCUACACCCGCUGACGUAGGUUGUGCUGGUGAACCAUCGCUAGUGCUGAUACUCAAAUGGGGGGGAGAAUUGACUCCCGCCGGAAGGAUACAGGCGGAAGAACUAGGCCGGAUGUUCCGGUGCAUGUACCCGGGUGGACAGGGCAGACACAUUCCGGGUGAGGCUGGUACGCAAGGCCUAGGUCUCCUUCGUCUCCACUCGACGUUUCGACACGAUCUGAAAAUAUACGCGUCAGAUGAGGGCAGGGUUCAGAUGACGGCAGCGGCGUUCGCCAAGGGUCUGCUGGCGUUGGAAGGCGAGUUGACCCCGAUACUCGUGCAGAUGGUGAAGUCAGCGAACACCAAUGGCCUUUUGGAUAAUGAUUGCGAUUCAUCGAAAGUUCAGAAUAUGGCCAAAGCCCGACUCCAUGAAGCGAUGCAAGCAGACCGCGAGUUCACCCCAGAAGACAGGGCUCGAAUAAACCCAUGUUCCUCACUAAGCAUUAACGCUGCUAUGGACUUCGUUAAGAAUCCCGUAAGAUGCUGUGCACACGUGCAUACACUGAUACAGCAGUUGGUGAGAAUUGUUUUAACGAAGAAGGACGAUCCUAAAACUAAAGACACAAUACUAUACCAUGGCGAAACAUGGGAGCUAAUGGGACGAAGAUGGGGCAAAAUCGAAAAGGAUUUUUGUACUAAACACAAAUCUUUCGACAUAUCAAAAAUCCCAGAUAUAUACGACUGCAUCAAGUACGAUCUGCAACACAAUCAGCACACUUUACAAUUUGACCUGGCCGAAGAACUGUAUAUGUACGCGAAGUACUUGGCUGAUAUCGUUAUACCACAGGAAUAUGGCCUGACGAUGCAAGAGAAGUUAACGAUAAGCCAAGGUAUCUGUACGCCCUUGUUGAAGAAGAUUCGCGCAGAUCUUCAGAGGAAUAUUGAGGAAUCGGGUGAAGAGAAUGUCAACAGGCUUAAUCCAAGGUACAGUCACGGCGUAUCGAGUCCGGGUCGUCACGUGCGUACGCGUCUGUACUUCACGAGCGAGAGUCACGUGCACUCGCUCUUAACUGUACUGAGAUUCGGGGGACUACUCGAUAUAGUGAAAGAUGAGCAAUGGCGUCGUGCGAUGGAGUACGUGUCAAUGGUGUCAGAACUCAACUACAUGUCUCAGAUUGUCGUCAUGCUCUAUGAGGACCCUACCAAGGACCCAUGCUCUGAAGAGAGAUUCCACGUGGAAUUGCACUUCAGUCCAGGUGUGAAUUGCUGCGUGCAAAAGAAUCUUCCACCGGGACCUGGGUUUAGGCCACAUUCGCGGAAUCAUUCCACGGCUAAUAAUGACCAGUUGUCCCCCGAUUCCGUUAAAUGUAUCGAAGAAGAAGUGGAAGAUGAUCAGAUGGCCAGUCAGGAGACAUUGCAGCCUGAUGUGAUUGACGAAUUGGACAACACGUUCUCGGGGACGAAGUGUUCCAAAUCAAAAUUGCGACCCUCCGACCCAAUACCUAUCUGCAACCUACACUAUACAGUGAGUGGUCACGAAGCGUCGUCUCUAGCGGCGCGCCUCAACGAAGAGUUGCGCUCGCGAAGUCAUACACACCCUGAUGACAGGGAACAUGCACAGAGCGAAGAGAAAGAGACUAAAGAGGGCGAAGAGCCACAGCCGCGUGCGCGCAGCUACGACCAACAAAAACAACAUGAUAAUGCCCCCGUAGUCCCCAUACUUAGAGUGAGUCCCCCUCAUUGCCCCCCUUCCCCCCCUUUCGGGCGCGUGGGGACGGGGCGCGUGGCCUCGUGGCCGGACUGUAGCGUGCGCGGCGCAGGGCGGCGUCAGCGGCACAGCAUCGCCGGCCAGAUGAGCUACCUCAAGAUGUUGGGGCUGGCUAGAGGCAAGUUGGGAGGCGCCGCGGGGCUCUUCAGUACCGCGGUUAUUUCGGGCUCCAGUUCAGCGCCUAAUCUCCGAGUUAUGAUACCCUCAACUACGAGUAAUACGGCUCUGGAGGGUUUCGGGGGUGUGCCGGCUAUUCGACCUUUGGAGACACUCCACAAUGCGUUGUCUCUGCGGCAGUUGGACGAUUUUCUUGAGAGACUCAGCGCAGCCCCGGUUCAGCCAUUGACAAAACCCCCUGUUAAGCAUUCGCCUACCAAUAGUGUAGGUUGGAGUGGUCCAUCUUCCUUGAUGUCAUCAUCAGGAGAACUACCCAGUGCCUUGUCAUCAGCCGGCCCCUCUUCACCCAACUCCAACUACGCCGGAUCCGAAAACAAGAACAACGAAAGUAGCAAUUGGAGUAAAAAUGUGCCAAACAAGCUCCCCCAGUGGGACGGCGAGGCGGCGACAUUGUGCGAGCUGCGGCCCUACGCUCUCGGGGAACUCCUCCCAGGUUCUUCUAUUAGCGGCGAUGUGACGCCCGUUUCUGCGAGUUCAGAACUCGAGUUCAAUAGUAACGAGGCCACUGCCGGUUCACUCACCGAUCACGAUAUUAUGAGUGCAGAGGGUGAAGAUGACGAAGAGACACUAGCAGCGGAUCCAUGUUGUUCCCCUGUAAUGAUAAUACGUAAUGAUUUGAGCCCAAUAUGCACAAGGAACACCCUCAAACCGACAAAAACUAACUUAGUGUCAUAUAAUCUAACUCCACAACAGACAGAAGCCUUCUUUAAAGAUCUUCCCUGCAGCAGCAAAAACUUCAACAAAGACGAAACAAAGAAAUGUUCAAAGGAACGGCUGAAGUUCUACAAAAACUUAGAUUCACUAAACAUACAAAGAGAUUUAGGAAACUUAGAAAGCGAAGUUAGCACUAAUAGAAGAUAUAGUGACAGUAGUGCCCAAAAGAGCACAGCUGUAUCUGGAAGUAGAUUCACUACAACGCUUGUGUCUGAAGAUUGUUUGAGAGCUAGCGCUUCUGGUGAGAGCAAAUCAAAUAAUAAUAUAGCCAAUACGGUACACGUACCUAUUCUAACGCCAUUAGUGACUAAAGCUAAGAAUGUUAAUGUUAAACCUGGUUUUAAUUUAUGUAAUAAUUAGAUCCUUUAUUUCUUAAUCACUAAUAUUCCUAUGCACAAACUGACAUGAAUGUUAAUAGAGGCUAUAAAUUUUCAGAUAGUGAACAACUUGCUGAUUGAAUGGAUAUUUAUAAAAUGCAGGCUACAUUUGUUACCCCUUCACUGGCUAUUUGUAGUUUCUAGAUAAUUAGUGAUAUUUACAAAAUAGUUUGUAAUAAGUUGUAUUAUUUAAUAUACAAUACUUGAGAAUUCAAA